AACAUCCUCCCAUCCAGUAGUCCCGGAAGCGAACCGCAUCAACAAACACAUCCACCAAGAUGGGCGAAAUGGAUAGGAAUAACAAGAAAAUUUUGCAAAACAUCAAAAUGCCCGAGCAAAGCAAUGACUACCGAGUGGUGGUGUUCGGUGCCGGAGGUGUUGGCAAAAGCUCGCUGGUGCUUCGAUUCAUCAAGGGAACCUUCCGUGAGAGCUACAUUCCCACCAUCGAGGAUACGUACCGGCAGGUGAUAAGCUGCAAUAAAAACAUAUGCACCCUGCAAAUCACCGACACGACCGGUUCGCACCAGUUCCCGGCAAUGCAGCGGCUGUCCAUCACGAAGGGCCACGCGUUCAUACUGGUGUACUCGGUUUGCUCGAAACAGAGCCUCGAAGAGCUGCGACCGAUAUGGAGCCUCAUCCGGGAGCUGAAGGGCGAAGAAAUAUCCCAGAUACCGGUCAUGCUGGUGGGCAACAAAUGUGACGAAAGCGAGGACCUCCGGGAGGUGACCAACAUCGAGGGUCAAACGGAAGCCGCUACCUGGGGCGUGUCGUUUAUGGAAACGUCUGCGAAAGAAAACCACAACGUGACCGAACUGUUUCAGGAGCUGCUCAACAUGGAGAAGAACCGCAACGUGUCACUGCAGCUCGAUGGGAAGAAUAAGAAGAAAAACAAGAAGAAAAUGAUGAAGGAACAGGCGAAGGAAGAAAAGCUACUGAAGGAGAAGAAAGAGAAACAGAUGCAACGAGACAAGGAAAAGGGCAAGGAGAAGGACAAGGACAAAGACAAGGAAAAGCAAGCGAAGGAGAAGGAUAAAGCGAAGGAUGGGAAGGAUAAGGCAGCGGCCGGAACCGCACAACCGGGCCAGGCGGGUGAAGGAAGCGGCACACUGAAGGACAAGUGCAAAGUGAUGUGAAAGCCCGGCCACCAGCGAAACCAGUGCCACCGACGUCCGGUGGCAGCAAGCAUGACCACGACCACGGAACCGGAAGUCGCGAUCCGCCAUAUCGAACUCUGUUACUUUAUUGAUAUUAUAGACGAGACCGUACAGCCAGCACGAUCAAGCACACAAAGAGGUUAAUGCUAGUAUCUGUACAUAGGAUGCCGGCCGGUGGAAGGAGUCCACACCGGAAGGCAAGUGCAGCAGUCCCCGGAGGUCAGCAGCAGAGACGCAACAGGCCGUCGCCUGUUUGGGCGCACACACAUCGACAUAAUGUUUUUGGGGUGGCACGUGGCGUGUUACAUCCGCAAACUCUCUCUUUACAUGACAAAUUUCAAACGUAUCGCGCGUAUGCAACAAGCAAUCGACAUGAUAGGGACGGGGUUUGAGCGGGCGGAACCGUUUGCAUGGAGAAGCAUGGUUCGGGGAUAGUAUUCUUACGACAGCAUUCAUAUAUACACUGCAACAAACAAAUACCAAUUCUCUUAGCUAUAUCUCUUAGCUUAUCUAAUAAUACACACGAAUCGAAUAGACGCUUAACUGAAGUGCACUAGAUAUAAAAGAGCAAACAGUAGGAAAAUUAACAAUAACAAUGAUUAUAUUUUGCUUCAAAUAACAAACAAUAAAUCGUUGAGAUAAUC